AUGGCAUCAGAGGCACAGGUGCAAAGGGCCGAAAAGAUAAUCGGCUAUAAAUUCACAUCCAGUAAUUAUCUGCGUCAGGCACUCACCGCGGCUGGGGCGGAAAAGGAUAAUCAUGAGGGGAAUAGACCGCUGGCGCACAUUGGGGCUCACUGGAUUGACACACUCUUGAUGAUCGUGUUGAUGAGCGUCGGCGCCAGCAAGGUGCUCAGGGCACAAGUGAGGAUCGAUUUUACCCGAAAAGAUCACUUCAAAUUUGCUGCCAAGCGAACGGGAAUCAGUCAAUGCAUCAAAUAUAGCUCUCAAGGCGGGGAAGAUUCGUCCACCGUUCUUCGUUAUGCGAUCAACGCCAUCAUAGGAGCGGUUCUGCUCGAUACAGACACACAGAGUAUUACCACAACUCUCGGGGCCCUUCAAAAAUUCAGUUUUGGUUUAGCUGCUAUGGAGGAAUCUGUCCAUUCGCAGACUCCCGAGAUGCCUGCGCUGCCUGCACCGGAUGAGCUCGAUGUGCUGGGCAUUGACGAUGAGAUUAUGAAUCCGACCUUCAACGUACCGUUGGAAUUACUGCCACCCCCAAUUCCUGAAUCAGACCAGAUGUCAGACGGCCAUAGAACAGGCGUUCCUGGUUCUAGUGAAGCUGAAGCCCAGUUGGCCGACAAUGAGCUGGCUACUACGUUCAUGCUUGAUUACCCAGUGUCUAUGGACAUUACCACUCUGGAUUACACUGGGGAUAUACCCACGGAGUCACAACGUUCCCAAUUUACCUGGGAUAUGUCAAGCUUCCAGGUUGCCCCUGAUCACGAGUCAACCUCUGUCUCCACAAUCAUACCUCCAACUCACUUGCCCCAAAGGAGCCUUCCAGCGGAGCCUACUCACGCCCAAGGAAGCGCUAAAAUGAGAGGGAAACGCGUCAAAACAUCGCCCUACGCUUCCAUUAGCGAUACCUCCCAACAGCUCCUGAACGAGGACAGAACAAAAUGUGUAUCCCAACAUCUCCCACCGCCAGAAGAAACAUACUUCGCCCUGGAAAUUCAAGCCGAAGUUUUGAAACCUACCCACGAAUCUAUAGAACCCCUUCUACCGCUCAUCAUAACUAUUGCUAGUCCCAGUGCAAUCCUCUCCCUCCGCGGGAUGAUCCGUAACGCAAGAGCACAGCCCAGCUUCCAUUCCUACCGCCUUCAAGACGGUCUCUCACAAGCGAACAGGUUUAUGCUCAUCGAGAAACUGGAAGACAGCGCCAGCACCAUUGGACUCAUGCGCUGGUAUCAUAUUUGGGAAUUGUUCCGCCACUGUGGUGGCCCCAACACAGUCUCCAGCAGUGGAUACGCCAACAUCACCCCAGCCACAUUCUUCAUGGGUCAGAAAUAUCUUGGGAAUCCAGUGCAUCACGACGACGCCAAAAUCUCCGAAAGUAUGAUGAAAGAUAUAUUCCCAGAUAUUGAGCCUAGCUCAGAAGAAUACAAGAAGCACAUGCGAAGAAUCAAAAGAUUGAGAAAGCUCGGACAACGGCUACACGCAUUGAUUGAAAAGUUUGGAAAAGGGGUUCUUGGCCUGCUAGUGGGACAGACUUCGAGUGGGGGACUUGAUAUACCAGUUUCGGAUACUAUGUUGUUGAAACCUAUUGAUAAAGCGUUUAGUUCGUUUAUCUCCCUGCUUGAGGCAUCCCAGGGAGACAGUCUUCGUGCAUUCGGCAAUGCCGUUUGGGGGGUAUUGAGGCCGGUGUUGUUUGGGAUGUUGUCUGAAAGUGCUUCUCAUAUAGAGAGCAUCACACCAGAGGAAAUCUUGAGACAUGUCAAGGGCUCCUCGGGGUUGUUGGAGCUUAUUCGCUAG